CCGAUUCUAUAAAAUCUCUUAUGAAUAUAACGAUUUCACAAUUCAUGAUAAUCUGGUCUAUCUGAUUGUUUACUGCCUUUAUCCCUUUGCUCGCCGUCCGGUUCACCUCCGAGUUUCUCCGCUGCCCACCGGCGCAUUAUAAAUCCAAAGCCUGCUUGGAACGAGAGAAGGAGAAAGAAAUAUACCUGACUCCUACGGCUCCUUUGGACUUCGCUUGCUUCAAGUCUUUUUAUCUGCAGAGCAUCAACACACAAUGCCAGAACCAACGAGAGACGAGGAGACCUCGCAGGCCAACCUGCCCAAGGGCGUUGUGCUAGACAAGGACGGCAAACCAUGCCGCACCUGCACCUCCGCCGCCUCAUGGCGCGCCCUUUCCAAACAAGCAGCGCAAUCCAAUUCCGACUCCAAAGACAAACCCCAAUCCUCCACCUCCUCAGCAUCAUUCCCCCUCCCCAAGUCCAUCUCCUCCGCCGCAUCAACCAGUACCCUCCCCUCCUCUCCAUUCCCUGCCACCGACAACCAAUGCCCACCGGACGUCGAAAUCCUCGGCCGCUCAACCUGGACCCUCCUCCACUCCCUCGCGGCCGCCUACCCCACACGCGCCAACCCCGAGAAACAAGACGAAAUGCGCACGUUCCUGAACGUCUUCUCGAAGCUUUACCCGUGCUGGGUAUGCGCGGAUGACUUCCGGGCUUGGAUGGCGGAGCCUAGUGGGAGGAAUCGGCCGCGAUUGGGGGGGAGAGCGGAUUUUGGGUGGUGGAUGUGUGAGGCGCAUAAUGAGGUGAAUCGGAAGUUGGGGAAGAAGGAGUUUGAUUGUCGGUUUUGGGAGGAGAGGUGGAGGACUGGGUGGAAGGAUGGGAGUCAUGAUAAGGAUGGCAAACGAAUAUAA